AUGUGCAGCACAAAAAUGGCGACCUCGAUCCCCCUCUUCGCCAAAGCGCAGCUCGACCUCCUCCUCCUCGAACACGAAGCAGAAGUCUCAACCUCCAAACUAGCCAGCACAGCCGCCUCGGUCUCCCCCGCAACCCGCCGCACCCUCCAAUCCACCGGCCACGCCUUGACCGGUCUAAUACUGUCGCAGGUGCGAACUGGUCUUGGUGGACGAUUGGUCGGUGAGUUUGCGCCUGACCCAGCUAUUGCGUCGGAUGAGACGCGCGCAGCAGAUGGGACGCCGCGGUUGGGAUCACAUGGGAUUCGAGUUGGUGAUGUGGUGAGGGUGAAUGAUACGGGGAAGAAGAAAGAUACAAAAGAAAAGGGCGAGGAUAAGGGAGCUGAGGGUGUGGUUACACGGACUGGAGAUCGGGGGUUGUGGAUUGCUUUUGGGAAGCAGGGGUCUGGGGCGAAGAAGGAGGAUGAUGAGGCCGUUGAGGAGCUCUGGGGGAAGAAGCUGUGGGCCAUCAAACUGGCUAAUGAUGUUACGUAUCGACGAAUGAAGCAGACCAUGGAAAAGAUGGAGAAGAUGGGAGAGGCUGAAUAUUCGCAGUUUAUGCGCGUAGCCUUUGGUCAUACCACGCCGCUUCCUCAUUCUGCUGAGCCUGUGGAGUUCAUUGAUCCCUCGCUGAACGACUCGCAAAAGGAUGCUAUUCGCUUCGCGCUUGCUGCGCAGGAUAUUGCGCUCAUUCAUGGUCCGCCUGGAACAGGAAAGACGCACACGCUGAUCGAAUUAAUACUGCAGCUGGUUCAGCGCAAAAAGCGAAUUCUUAUUUGUGGUCCAUCCAACGUUUCAGUGGACAAUAUUGUCGAGCGUCUUGCAAAGACGAAAACACCCGUCGUGCGCAUUGGACACCCAGCCCGUCUGCUUCCCUCGGUAUUGGACCAUUCGCUUGAAGUUCUCACUCAGACAUCAGAUGCUGGUGGGAUUGUAAAGGAUAUCCGCAAAGAAAUGGAUGAGAAGCAAGCUAGUAUUCGCAAGACGCGCUCGGGCCGUGAGCGACGGGAGAGCGAGAGUCAAAAUGUGUGA